GGAGUGUGGGCAGGGCUGCCGGGGGCUUCCGUGGGCUCGGCCUCGCCCACCUCAGGAGGAAAAGCAGGGGAAGCCCCGGCGCCCGGCGGCCGCCAGCCGUGCAGCGCAGAGGACACGGCGGUCCCGUCACCGCGCCCGUCCAGCUCCGGGCCGAGGGGUCCCACCCUGCCGGACGCGCGCGUCUCCCGGCCAGGGGCCUCGCGGCGGCCUCCAGCGCCCAGCCCCGGGGAAUGCGGCGGCCCCCGGCCCCUGGCGCCACUCGGUGUCUCGGCUGGGCUUCCUCGCUCGUCUGCUCCGCGGCCUCGACGCUCCCGGCCCCCCUGAUGGCGGCGAAGUGGUUCAAGGAGUUCCCGCUGACCCUGAAGACCGCGUCGGAGCGCGCCAGGCCCGGGGGCGCCGGCGGCAAGCCGCGCAAGAACUCGGAAACGGGCGGCGCGGCGCCCACCCCGGGCAAAGGCCGGAAGAACUCGGCGGCAGAGCUUGGGGGCGGCAGGGCGGGCAGCGGACCCCCUAAGGACAGCCGGCUGUCCCGGGACAGCCUGCAGGGGCUGAUCCAGGCCGCGGCCGGCAAGGGUCGUAAGAACUCCAGGGUCACCGCCACCUCCACGUCUGCCACCACUGAGGAGGAGCCCCACCGGGGCGCGGUGGCCAAGAGCGCGGGCUGCAGCACCUACAUUAGCAGGCUCAUCAAGGUGGACACGCAGGAGAAGAACGGCAAGAGCGGCUACCCGGGUGGCGGCAGCAGCACCAGCAGCUCCUCUUCCUCUGCAUCCUCUUCACCGUCCUCCCUGGGCCCCGAGCUGGACAAGGCCAAGAUUAUGAAACAGCAAGACACGGUCAUCAUUUUAGAAGACUACGCUGACCCGUAUGAUGCCAAACGGACAAAAGGUCAAAGGGACGCAGAGAGAGUGGGUGAAAAUGACGGCUACAUGGAACCCUACGAUGCACAGCAAAUGAUAACAGAAAUCAGACGUCGUGGUUCCAAAGACCCCCUGGUGAAGGCCCUCCAGCUGCUCGAUGGCCCAUGCGAGCCAGGGGAGAGUAUGAAGGUAGAGGCCACAGCCAAGAGACGCAGCUCCAAGGACCUGUUGGGGAAGCCGCCACAACUCUAUGACACCCCCUACGAGCCCCCGGAGGGUGGCCAACGAGGGGCAGAGGUGAAGGCACGGCCAGCAGACAGCAGGCUGCCAGAGGAGGAUGACCGGCCUGCCGCCGAGUAUGAGCAGCCCUGGGAAUGGAAGAGGGAGCAGAUCGCACGAGCCCUGUCAGUCCAGUUUGAGGGACCUGAUCGACCUCCCAGCAAAGAGGAGACAGGGAGACCACACCACUGGCAGAAGACCUUGAAGCCGACCCUGUCAGACCACAGUGACAGGGAGAAGGUGGACCCGGGCCUGGCCCUGGAAAAGCAGCCUUGGUAUCAUGGCACCAUUACCCGAGCUGAGGCUGAGAGCCUACUACAGCCCUGCAAAGAGGCUGGUUACCUGGUCCGAAACAGUGAGUCAGGCAACAGCAGGUACUCCAUUGCACUGAAGACUAGUCAAGGGUGUGUCCACAUCAUAGUGGCUCAGACAAAAGACAACAAAUACACCCUGAAUCAGACGAGCGCCGUGUUUGACAGCAUCCCUGAAGUGGUACACUAUUAUUCCAGUGCAAAGUUGCCUUUCAAAGGGGCAGAACACAUGACCCUACUCUACCCCGUGCACAAGCUUCACUAAAGUUUAACCAGCAAGAGCCCAGGCACCUUCGAGGGCAUUGGCACCCACCCAGCAUCAUGUGGACAGGACUCUGUCUGCUGCUGCAGACUGGGAGUUGUCACCUAGAAGUCAAGCAGCCUUUGAUCUUAAAUCCAGGACAUGUGGUCUGAUCUGUUCUUUCUCUUCCUUCCAAGUAGCUAUUCUAUAAGAAAGUAUUGCUUACCUGUUACCUUCUCCCUUAGAGUAGGAGGUCUGUUUGAGGUAGACUAGAGUUCAGGAGCACUAACUUGUCCCUCAUUGCUAUUCUGAGUGCCUGGCCUCUGAACAACAGAAAACUCCUCAGCCUUUACUGGUGGUCACGUGGACUGGAAGAUCCUUCAGUGUGAGCCCCCAUGGGGAAGUGGAUGGACAGUGGGAAAUGGGAACAAUGGACAGGAAAGCUGUCUUUCUCCAUGUCCUGAUGCAGCUGUGGCCUUCACACACAUUCAUAACUUAAGGGCCGUGCAAGAGGAUUGUUUGGCUGGUCAGCCCUCCUAAGAACAGUAUUUGCUUUCUUGCUUUCUCUGGACCUCCUCAUCACUUCUCAGAAAAUCAAUAACACAAGCAAAAAAUUGGGUGGAAGAUCCCAGAUUAAAGUGUUACCAACGCAAUCAAGUAGUGACGUCCUUUGUGAAAUUCUGAUUAUUAUUAAGUGUGCUCCAACGACUUGAUUUCUGAUUUUUAAAGAACUCUACAGAGCUCAACAACUGGUUUAUUAUUGAAUGAUCAUGUAAUUCAGACAUCUUUUGUUUUCCCUUUGUGCAUUUUAGUUGUAUGAAAUCAUCUUUAAGUUUUCUUUCUAAAAUUAAAUUGGCUCAAUAUUUUUGGUAAAUUUUUACAACAAAAUUGGGGUCCAAUUGUAUGAACUGAGUCACUGGUCUGGGAAAAUC